AAUAAUCGUCGGAUUCCAAUACGGGUCGCAAGCCUGCGAUCGUGACCUUUCCAAAUGGAGAAACAUGUAUUCCAGUUUCCUUUUGACGGCCUGUCGUUUAAUAAUUUUAUGACUGCCGUUUGCGCAUAGGUUUUGUCGUUUCAAUUUGGUUUGAAUGUAUAGUAGAAUAGAAGCAUGAGUUGGGAAUGGAGAAGAGAUGAUGGGAAGUGAAAAGAAAAGCGCGUUGAAGAUUGAAGAGAUAGAAGGGAGAGGGAGAGGUGCGGUGACCUGUGCGGCGGUGAGGGGCGGAGAUGUGGUGCUAAGGGAUUCCCCGAUCCUCCUUUACUCUGCUUUUCCGCUCUCACUGUCAAAUAAUGGUAAUUAUUGCGAUAAUUGCUUUAGAAAGUUGCAACCACUCGUAUCUUGUCCCUCUUGCUCUCUCCACCAUUUCUGUAGCCCUAAUUGUCUAUCGGCGUCCUCCCACACUCCCUGGGUGUGCCAAGCAUUCACCCGCCUCCACCAUCACCUGCACCCUCUCGAGCGCCAAGUCCAAGCCCGUUUCCUCAUCGCAGCCUACAAUCUAGCCAUCGUCUCCCCUGCCAAGUUGCAGACUUUAUUAUCUCUUCAAGGCCAACCCUCGGCGGAGGAUGUUGCAGAUGCCCAGUCCCUUCAUUCCCUCAUCUCCUCCCUCUGCCCUCCUCCAACUCCAAUCGACGGAUUCUCCUUUCAACUUACUGCCGCAUUACUUGCCAAGGACAAGCUCAACGCUUUCGGCUUGAUGGAACCUUAUGACCAAAUCAACCCCUCCGGCCACAGAUCAGUUCGAGCCUACGGCAUCUACCCCAGGGCCUCUUUUUUCAAUCACGACUGCCUCCCAAACGCUUGCAGAUUUGAUUACGUCGACGCUCAGAAUAGCACCGACUUGAUUAUCCGGAUGAUCCAUGAUGUCCCUCAAGGUAGAGAGAUCUGCCUCAGCUAUUUUCCUGUCAAUCUCAGCUAUCGCGCCCGUCAAAACAGAUUGCUCCAGGACUAUGGCUUUACCUGCAGCUGCGAUCGCUGCAAGGUUGAAGCUAAUUGGUCUGAUCAAGAAGAGGCCGACCCCGAUGAUGAUGAUGAUGAUGAUAAUGACGAGGCAAUGGAUGAGGACCCUGAUGAUGAGGAUGGUACAAUGACGGCGGAGGCAGAGGCAGAGGCCGACGCCUCUGACUUUCCUCAUGCAUAUUUCUUUGUGAAAUACCUGUGUGAUGGGAACAAUUGCGGGGGUACUUUAGCUCCUCUUCCGCACUCGAAUGCUAAUUCUGAUCUCUUGGAAUGUAAUGUCUGUGGUAGCAUCAAGGCUGAUGAAUGUUGAUGCGCACUUCACUCCAUGUCUACGAGAUUGAAGGCCCAGAGAUCUACAAUAGAGAAUUCUUAUCUCCGAAAUACAUUAAGCUAUAUCGGUUCAACAAACCUAGGAAGAAAGAGGCAACUAUCACAAAGGGUCGAUAUAGAAGCUAAAGUAGUAUCCCGGAUAAUAAAAGAGGAGGCCUCAGCCGAAAUUAUGUUACAUUACUUAAAGGUAAGUUAUACAUUCCAUGUAGGCAAAAAAAGUAUAGAAAAAUUCUCUGACAUUAAAGCGGCGUGUUCUCAUAUUACUUGCACUUAACACUAACCGCAACAAGGCGACAACCCAGCUUAUAAUCUCUUUCCAUCUUCUUGAAGAAGAAAGGUUCAACGGUAAAAAGACCAUCUAUAUAACACCCUAUAGAUAACACCUUAUAGAAAGGUUCAACAGUAAAAGAUAUAAAUCACAAAACACGAUCACAAUCACAUAUGCACAAUAAUACACAUAUCUAAUACUAAAUUCACCUUAAUUUUGCUAAUAUGAGGAAUUUUUAUAUGAUUUAUGCAUAAACAUCAUCGUAGGUACAAAUCUACCUUUCUAGGUUAAACAUAUGCCUUUCACUAAAUAUUGUGUAAAAUUCAAUAUAAACCUAAGAACAUGCAAAGCUGAACCUCAAAAUUCCUUUAGGGAUUCAAGAAUUCAAAUUUUCUCUCUUUUGUUACAACAUUUAUCAAGUCAUAAGUUACAUAAGGUUAUUUUACCUAAUCUUAACACAUCAAUAAUUUUAAAGAUAUAAUUGAUAUUAGACUUAAUACAUCGUUUGACCUCUAAAUUUGUAUCCAGAUAUCUAUCUGACGCCUUGUCUUCCUGUUUAACUUAUUUGAUACCUCAACUUAUAAAUUUUACUACUUGACUUUUGAUAUUGUCAUUGUUAUAAUUGUUUAACCCCUCCUUAUCUAUGCGGGACAAACGUUUGAU